GAAACGCUUUGUCGCGUGUCUGGAAGAAGUGAAAACUUUCCUGGGCAGCAAAGGGCUCACCUUUCCUGAGCUGGAACAGCCAGAGUGGCUGGAAAAGCUACACUUCAUGGUAGACAUGACAGCGCACCUGAACACGCUGAACACAGCUCUUCAGGGGAAAGGACGUACAGCCCUGCACAUGUUGGAGGAUGUUUUGGCAUUCGAGCGCAAGUUGACAGUGCUUGCCAGAGAUUUACAGAAAGGCACUUUGUCUCACUUCCCCAAUUUGAGAGAGUUCAAACAAGGUCACGACAUGAUAAUUUCGGAGUAUUUACAUUCUGCAAUCAUCGCAAUGCAAACAUCGUUUGGGAAACGCUUCUGUGAGUUCAGAGAGGAAAAAAACACAUUAUCCUUCCCGGUCACUCCCUUAAGCAUCGAUCCUUCCCUACUGAAUACGACUGCAUUGGCAGGUGUGAGUCAACCUGAUCUUGAGAUGGAACUGGCCGACAUAGCCGACAAAGACAUAUGGGUGUCCAAGUUUAGACGCUUGACAGCAGACCUUGAAGAUGUUGCCCGUCAGAAGGCCGUUCUUGCUCAGAAACACAAAUGGAGUGAUAUUGAAAACCUCACAGAUGACAGCUUGCGAUCCUGUGUAAAGAUGAAGGUGACAUCAUACAGCCCUGAUGUGCAGACGCUGUGCGCUGAGGUCCAGGAGCAGAAAUCCCAUUAACCAAGAUGACAGCUGGCUGACGUUAUUUUUGGUUUGCUGCUGGCGGAAAAUUUAAGUUCGGCGUUUUUCAUAAAUACAAGAAGGACUCAAAUAGACAUUGAAUAUUUUACUUAAAAGUAACUUUCAACCCAACGUCUUUUUUUCGGAGUUCAAAAUGUUUUUGUUGCAUGCAGAAAUGUAAUUUCGUUUUCUCUGCAGGAGUUCAUCAAUUUCAUAAAUGCAACACAUUAUAGUUUGUUUAUACAUAGCAUAAAGGCAAAAAAAACGUUGUAUGCAGUGUUAUUUCAUUUUAAAUGUCAAACGGGUUUUGCGGCUCCCAGUGUUUUCUUUUCUGUGGGAAACGGGUCCAAGUGGCUCUUUCAGUGGUAAAGGUUGCUGACCCCUGGUAU